UAAGUUAGAGCAAAAUCAAAUUCCUCUUGCAAAACCAUCCGACUUUCUACUUUUUGAAAUUGUGAUUGACGAUCGAUAUGGCCAGUUUGAUGGACAAGGCGAAGCAAUUCGUUUCGGAUGCGGCGGCGAGCAUCGAGAAGCCGAAGGCGAGUGUGACGGAUGUCGAUUUGAAAGAUGUUGGUGUCAGUUGUGUGACCUAUCUGGCUAAGAUCAACGUUUCAAAUCCUUACAGCGUAUCUAUUCCAAUCGGCGAGAUCCGUUACGUUCUUAAAAGUUCCGGCAGUGAGAUUGCGAGUGGAACAGUCCCUGACCCAGGUUCACUGAAAGGGGAUAGCGAGACGAUGUUAAACGUGGAUAUAAAAGUGGCACACAGUGUGUUGGUUAGCUUGGUGAAGGACAUUGGAAGAGAUUGGGAUAUCGACUAUGACCUAAAAGUCACACUCGUUGUUGAUCUCCCUCUCAUCGGUAACAUCAGCAUACCAGUCACUAGUGCCGGUGAGAUCAAGCUCCCUUCCCUCACCGACUUCUUUACUACGUGAAUAGCUGUAGCUCUACAAUAUGAUAAAUAAGAUCAAUCUUGUACGUGUUCACAUACUUUUCAACUAUCUUAUGUAUGAGAUUUUAUUUUAAUUCCAAGGAUCAUUUCAUAAUUCA